GAGGUGACUAAGUAUGUCGCUGAGGGUAGUGCGGUUGAUGCCGUCUACAUGGACUUCUGUAAGGCCUUUGACAAGGUCCUACAUGGGAGACUGGUCAAAAAGUGCCGUCACAAUGGAGAACUCGAGCAGCUGUACAGAGGUGGUGUUGCUGGCUUGUGGCUCAUUUAACCCCAUCACAAACAUGCACCUGAGGAUGUUUGAAUUAGCCCGCGAUUACCUGCACGAAACAGGGAAAUACACAGUGAUAAAGGGCAUUAUAUCUCCAGUGGGUGAUGCGUACAAAAAGAAGGGCCUUGUAGAGGCAUGUCAUCGUGUGACUAUGAUAGAAAAGGCUGUAGAGUGUUCUGACUGGGUGACAGUAGAUCCCUGGGAAAGCAAGCAGGGGGAAUGGAUGGAGACUGUUAAAGUGCUUAGGCAUCAUUAUGAGAAUCUGCGGAAACUUUACGGCAAUGACAAAAGGAACUCGACGCAACACAGGAGGGCAAAGAAAAGGAAGGCAGAAGACGUCUGUCCGCUCAUAGCAAAAUGUGAUUUUAAACAAGAUCUGCCUGAGUUGAUGCUGCUGUGUGGCGGGGAUGUUUUAGAGUCAUUUGGAGUUCCAAAUCUGUGGAAAAAGGAAGACAUUGAAGAGAUCUUGGGCAGGUUUGGGCUGGUCUGCAUUAGCCGACUUGCAUGCAAUCCUCAAAAAUGUAUUUACGAGUCUGACAUCAUCUGGAAGUUUAGGAAACGAGUUCAUCUUGUGAACGAAUGGAUAGACAAUGACAUCUCGGCCACAAAGGUCCGACGAGCUUUGCGAAGGGGACAGAGCGUUAAGUAUGUGAUUCCUGAUCCAGUUAUUGCAUAUAUUCAACAACACCGGCUGUACGAUCAGCAGAGUGAAGACAAGAAUUCUGAUGUUGUUCUAGCACCCUUUCAGCGUUAUAGAGAAGAAUCAAGUAGGAGCUCUAUGCACCAUUUAGUCAUUCAGCAAAGGCUAUGGGAUGAGACAAUAUCUCCAGAGCUAGUUGUGCCUCGAGCCAAGUUAUUUCAGUACAGUUACAAUAGUAGAAUCCACCCUACAGUGUGGAAAGUUGCCCAGUUCUCAAGGUCAGUCUGUAACCAUUUCCAUAUUCUAGGCUUACUGGGUGCCUGGUGUUUGACAAGUUUUUACAUUCAGAGCUCCCUGGGCCACCUUCGUUCCUUUUUUUCAGCUCGCCACUCAACUUACACAAUGCCGACAGAUUUCAAUGGUACCUGGAAGAUGAUCAGCACUGAAAAUCUUGACCCUUACUUGCAGGCAUUGGAUACUGAUUUUGCUGUUCGUAAGAUUGCGACUCUGCUGAAACCUGAGAAGAUUAUUGAACAGAAAGGGGAUUCUUUCAUUAUCAAAACAAAUAGCACCUUCAGAAACUAUGAAAUCCAGUUUACAGUGGGUGAAGAAUUUGAUGAAGAAGUAAAAUGUUUAGAUAAUCGCAAAUGCAAGUCUCUUGUUAUUUGGGACAAGAACAAACUGGUAUGCACUCAAAAGGGAGAAAAAAAGAACCGAGGGUGGACUCACUGGAUAGAAGGUGAUGACCUGCACCUGGAACUCUACUGUGAAAAUCAAGUGUGCAAGCAGGUUUUUAAGAAAAUAUCCACAACAUAAGUGGGUGAAGAUGCCAAAUGUGAAACCUAUUAAUCAGUGUGAUUUUCACUUAAUUUUAAGUCAGCAUUUCUUUGAUGAGUGAUCAAAAGAUGAUAAGUUUCCCAUUGUCCUCAGGUUUUAGUCUGACAGUGUUUCUUACCACACUGAGAUAAAGAAACACAUUUCAGGUGGCAAUCCUUCCGUGUUAUUGAGGAAUUAAGGUACUGGGAUAUUCAGUGUUGUUCUGCUCCAGGAUAUGUUUAUGGUGAGAUAAACUCUGGGGGCAAUAGUUCACAAUUGGCAUUUAGUGUCACAUGUAUGUGGGACUCUGGUAAUCAUAAAAGAUUAGCAAAGCAA